CAGCUGGCGGCUGGUUGGCAUCUGCAGCGAGAAGUACCGACAUGAAACUGCUGGACGAGUGGAUCUGGUCGCUGUUCAAGCGCCACUGGCCUCAGACUCUUACCUACUGGAGUGUGUUCUUCAGCUUCGGCCUGUGCAUCGCCUUCCUGGGACCCACCAUUCUGGACCUGAGGUGUCAGACCCAGUCCACGCUGGAGCAGAUCACCUGGGUCUUCGUCGCCCAGCAGUUCUUCCUGUUGGUGGGCAGCAGCCUGGGAGGACUCUUCAAGAAAACACGCCAGUCUUCCCUGUCAGCCCUUUUCACCUGCACUCUCAUCAUCUCGCUAGUGUUCGCCAUCAUACCGCUAUGUAACCAAGUGAUACUGCUGGCUGUCGCCAUGGCGAUUGCUGGCUUAGCCAUGGGGGUGAUUGACACCAUCGCCAACCUCCAGCUGGUGAAGUUGUUUCAGAAAGACUCUGCAAUCUUCCUGCAGGCCUUGCAUUUCUUCAUAGGCCUCGGAGCCCUGGUGAGCCCCCUGGUGGCUUAUCCUUUUCUGUCAAACGACUGCUGUGUCCUGGGUGCCAACUGGACCGCCAACUCAUCCUCGUCCUCAGACCUAGAGCACCUCCGCGAAAGCCUGGCCGGGCACGGAACAGUGAUAAACAACAUCUCCCAGUAUCCUCUGCACACAGAGGGAGAAGUCAUCACCAGGGUGUCGUAUGCCUUCUGGAUCAUGGCUCUUAUCAAUCUCCCAGUACCAGCAGCAGUGCUCUCCUUGAUGUACUAUGAGAGACUGCUGCCUUGCUCCAGUCCACGUCUGAUCGACAGAGACUCUCUGUCCAGCACAAGCUCCGCCGGGGACAGUGGUCAAGGUCAUGGGAGUUUGUUUGGUUGCUGUAACCCUGCCAAACUCCGGGGUCGCCCUGCUACUUUCUUCCUUCUUCACAUUCUGGGUGGAGCCAUCCUCUUCAUCACUGAUGGGAUCAUAGGCUCCUAUGCUGGCUUCGUCUACACCUACGCAGUGUCCCCUCCUCUGCUGAUGGAUCACAAGACAGCUGGCUGCCUGGACAGUAUAUUCUGGGCCUCCAUCACAGUAGGAAGACUGGCUUUCAUCUACCUGUCCUACAGAUUCCCAGCACCCAGGCUGCUCACCUUCAGUUUGGUGGGGGUCAUACUGGUGCAGUGCCUGGUGUUGAUCUUCUACACCAGCAGUGUGUUUCUCUUCAUUGGUACUUGCCUGUUGGGACUGUGCAUCAGCAGUGUGUUCCCGUCAGUGCUGGCCUUUACAGAGGACAUGCUAGACUACAAAGGUUGUGCCACCACGGUCCUGGUGACCAGUGCCAGCACAGGUGAGAUGACCCUGCAGCUGCUCGUUGGAUCGGUGAUCCACAGUCAGGGCAGUUACAGUUUCCUGGUGUGUUGUACGGUAGCGUCCUCCAUCGGCUUCUUCCUGUUCCUGCUGCUCCUCUGUGUGCAGCACAGACACAGAAACCGCUUCACAGAUUUGUCUCAAAACACAGACAUGAAAAAUAAGCCCCAGACAGGAGGUUCGUGAUCUGAGGGUCCCUGAAAGACUAAAGGGAGGGGGGGGACACACACACACACACACACACACACACACACACACACACACACCAGAGGACACAAAUGACCAAGUGUGUUGCUUUGACAGAUGGAAAACGAGCAUUGGAAGAACCAUCUCUGACAUUCUCACAUCUCACCCCAGUCUUAGAAAGUGAGCUUUAUCCUGGCCUCCUCCAACCGAACAUUUUCUACCUAAAGAGAAAUCUGCAUUCAGGGCCGAUGAACAACGCUGGAUGGUGAAUGGACUGCAUUUAUAAAUCCCUUUUCCCGACCACACAGUAUUUUACACACACAUUUACUGGCAGGGGCUGCUCAUCACGAGUGGUUAGCGGUUCAGUAGUCUCGUAUUUCCAGACUUAUCCCUGCCUUGUUGCACGAUCCAAAUUUCCUUCAAAACUUGUCAUUUUCAGCUUGCUAGCUGGAAGUUUCAUUGCUUUUGGAAGCGAACGGUGUCAGACAACCGCAACACACGGAGAGCGGAGGGUGAGGGACAUCUGCUGGAACAUCUGGAGGUUAUGCUGAACAUGGGUCCAAUCAUCUCUCGCAGCCCAUUAUUACCCUGCUAUGGCUUGAUUAAAAAGAUACUGUAGUGAUAAAGUAUUAGCUUUAAUGUCUAAAUAUUGCCUUUUCAGUAUGAAUGUCAAUGGACUUGUUUGAUGUCAAAACCACUGCAGUGUAUUUGGUUGCUACUGUUAAACUAGGACUCCUAUCAGCCUGUGUAAGGAGUACUUGUGUAAUUGUGUGGUGCCUGAGUGUAGCCAUCAGACUUGAAUAACGUGGUGUAAUAACAGAAUACAGACAGUGUUUAGUUAGAUAUCUUUUAUUAUUGGUCUCACCAAUCUCUUCCAUUAUAAACACAUCGAUAUGCCAUGUAAGACUUGUAAACAUUUGAAAAAGCAUCAAACAAAUAGAAAACUGGACAGAACAAAGCAAGAACGGUGUAUUUUCUUUUUAAAUGGAGAUUUUACAUUUCAAGGUAAAUUGAAGAGAAAACAUCAUCAGAAGAUACAAAUAAAGAAAUAUGGAAAGGACAAGUCCUACACGACUUAACGGAGGAAAGUUUCAAAUGGACUUUUGGGUUAUUAUGCCGAUAUUUUAUAGUUUUUCAAAAAAUCUACUGCAAAAUGCAAUGUAAGGUACCAAUUCUACUGGGCUUUACUUUAAAGUCAAAUAAAUAUUGUGUGCUAGUGCCUUGCCUAAUCACAAUCCUAUAUUUGAUAUAUAUUGUAAAAGAUUAGUUUACUGUAUAAAAUAUCAAGUGCAAACUUGUAUCCUCCCUUUGGGAAAAUAUACAUUUGUCCAAAAGCAAACGUCGACAACAUUUCAUCAAAGAUCGGAGUCAUAGAAAAGCGACAGAAUCCAAUACAACAGGAACCCCCAAGUUUUAAGUGCAAACGUUCCAUCACAACAUUUGCAUGUACAAUAUCAACACUAUUAAAACACUUUACAUAUAAAACAUAGAUUUAGAUCUCUCCCCGUAAGGCUUUGAUUCCCAAAAACAGCCAAUGCCAAAAACACAAGAGGAAAACAACAAAGAAACGCAUGCACAAGAGAACAAUAAAUCAGAGAUCCCAUAAUAGCAGACAUCCAACUAUCUGGCCGUUACAAAAAUAGAAAUAAAUCUUAAAAUCAAAUUGAAAAAUAGAAGAUUACACAA